AAAGAAAGCAGCAAAGCAAGCAUUAGCGAAAGCAGAGCGUGUACAGAAGAAAUCAAGGCAAAACAAAUAAAUAAAAUUACUGCACAGAAGUUAAGAGUGAUUUAACUGGAGUUUUCUUUUGGCCGCGCGUCUAAAUUUUUCCAAUUCUGACAAUAUCAAUAUCAACAUCAAGUGUUGUGUGAGCGCGCGUUUUCCCUUAACGCUCUCCCAACCACAAAAAAAAAACAACUAGGAGAAAACAACACAAGCUUCUACAUGAUGUCGUCGGAUCAACAGUUUUUUCUAAAAUGGAACGAUUUUCAAACGAAUAUGGUGACCUCGUUCCGUCACUUGCGCGAUGAGAAGAGCUUCACAGAUGUAACACUCGCCUGCGAAGGCCAAACCUGCAAAGCACACAAAAUGGUGCUUUCAGCUUGCAGUCCCUACUUCAAGGCGCUAUUGGAGGAAAAUCCCUCAAAACAUCCCAUUAUUAUACUGAAAGAUGUGUCCUACAUACACCUGCAGGCAAUACUGGAGUUCAUGUAUGCCGGAGAAGUGAAUGUAUCGCAAGAACAGCUGCCGGCAUUUCUCAAAACCGCUGAUCGACUCAAAGUGAAAGGUCUGGCAGAGACACCUAAUACUAUAAAGCGGGAGGGUUGAUGGUAUUUAAACAAUUAAACAAAACAAAACAAACAAAAACAUAAACAAAAC